GAUGGGGAAUUGCCAGGCGGCGGAGGCGGCGGCGGCGGUGGUCCAGCACCCCGGCGGGCGCGUGGAGCGGCUGUACUGGGCCACCAGCGCGGCGGAGGUGAUGCGCGCCAACCCGGGCCACUACGUCGCGCUCGUCACGCUCCGGGUCGCCGAGGAGCGCCACGAGAACGCCGACGGCACCGGCGCGCGGCGCACCGUGCGCCUCACCCGCCUGAAGCUCCUCAAGCCCAAGGAGACGCUCCUCCUCGGCCACGUCUACCGACUCAUCACCUCCCACGAGGUGACCAAGGCGGUCCAGGCAAGGAAGGAGGAGAAGAUGACCAAGGCGCGGCAGCAGCUCGAGCAGCUCGAGUCGUCGUUGUCGAGGCAGAGCAAGGCCCGGCCGACGGCGGACGACGUCGAGGACGAUGACGACGACGAGGCGAGCUUGGACGCGAGUCUCGAGCAGUUGGCACGGCAAGACGGCGGCCCCUGCGCCCACCGGAGCUCCGGCGCCCGGCACCAGCAGUGGCGGCCCUCGCUGCACAGCAUCGACGAGGCCGCGAGCUGAUGCUUCCGGCCAGCCAUUCACCGGCGGACCUGCAUUUUCAGCGUUCGCCCGGCCAAGGUCGAUUAAUUAGCUCGCAUGGGUUUGCUACGUUCGAGUCUGCUUGACACCCCUCAGAUGGGAGGACCGCUCCUGAAGUGACUCGGUCGUUCGGAGCGUGUCCCGGUGCUCCCGGAUCCGUCAUCCAGACGAGUAGGCCGGCGCUGUCGGAUGGCAUGGGGCAGGUCCUCACAUCGGAGGGGUGAGAGAAGGCAAGGACGCCGAUUCGCGGGAAAGACUCACAACAUUGUGCACCAUGGCAAUGGG